CUCAGUUUGAAAGGAACAAAGUAUGGGAACUUGUUCCUAGACCUCAACAUCAGAAUGUCAUUGGAACCAAGUGGGUAUUCAAGAACAAAGCAGAUGAAGAAGGCAAUAUUGUAAGGAAUAAAGCUAGGCUGGUAGCCAAGGGAUGCUGCCAAGAAGAAGGAAUAGAUUUUGAUGAGACAUUUGCACCAGUAGCCAGACUUGAAGCCAUCAGAAUCUUCCUAGCCUAUGCUGCCUACAACAACAUCAAGGUCUACCAGAUGGAUGUCAAAAGUGCAUUUCUGAAUGGAGAUCUUGAAGAAGAAGUUUAUGUGGAACAACCACCAGGUUUUGUCAUUCCUACUCACUCCUCUUGUGUCUACAAGCUUAAAAAGGCCCUCUAUGGUCUUAAGCAAGCUCCCAGAGCCUGGUAUGACACAUUGUCCCUUUUCCUAGUGAACCAUGGGUUUACUAAAGUAAAGGUUGACAAAACUCUAUUUCAAAUCUCUGUUGCUAAUCAUAUUCUGUUAGUACAAAUAUAUGUUGAUGAUAUUAUAUUUGGUAGUACUAAUUCAGAAUUGUGCAAGAAAUUUUCUCAAGUAAUGCAGAGUCAAUUUGAAAUGAGUAUGAUGGGAGAACUCAGCUACUUCCUAGGACUACAAGUUCCAGAAGGAAUCUUUAUCAAUCAAGGGAAGUAUACUAGAGACCUGAUCAAGAAGUUUGGAGUGGAAGGCAAAUCCUCAGUGAAGAUUCCCAUGAACACCUCACAAGGAAUUGGUCCGGAUGAUGAAGGAAAGGAUGUCGAUGCAACUAACUACAGAGGAAUCAUAGGAUCUCUGCUGUAUCUGACUGCAAGCAGACCAGAUAUCUCAUUCUCUGUUGGACUCAAAGCCCAAGGAGAGCCAUCUUAGUGCUGCAAAGAGAAUUAUCAGAUAUAUCAAAGGAAAUCCUAAUGCAGGCCUAUGGUAUCCAAAGGGAGGUAACUUUGAAUUAAUUGGUUACUCUGACUCAGAUUUUGUAGGUUGCAGAUUAGACAGGAAAAACACCUCUGGUCAUUGCCAAAUGCUAGGAGGAAGGCUUGUUUCCUGGUUUAAGAAGAAGCAGAAUUCAAUCUCAACAAGUACAGCAGAAGCUGAGUACAUUGCAGCUGGGAGUUGCUGUGCUCAGUUACUCUGGAUGAAGCAACAACUGAAGGAUUAUGGCAUUCAAGCAAAGGAGAUCAAACUGCUCUGUGACAACACCAGUGCCAUUGCAAUCACUCAGAAUCCAGUACUUCAUUCCAGGACAAAGCACAUUGAGAUCAGACAUCAUUUCAUCAGAGAUCAUGUGGAGAAGAAGCAUAUUUGUAUGGAGCAUGUACCUACAGAAGAUGAGCUAGCGGAUAUCUUAACCAAGCCUUUACCAGAGGCAAGGUUCAACAAACUAAGGGAAGAACUGGGAAUGAUGGAUGAUCUUCCCAGAGAUGCAUGAACCAGAAUUGCUGUGGACCAGAACUGUCGUCUGGAUCAGAAAACCCUACACCAGAAUCCCCCUUAUCUGAUCACCAGAGCACCCCUCAUCAGAGAACCUCCUUCUAUGAUACAGGGAUCCUUAUCUGCAGUCCAUCAGAGAUCCAUGUGGACUUGAUUAUUUUUCGAGGAAUGGGCAAGACCUUUUAACUUGAAUAGGUCUUUUACCAUAAUACCCCUGAUUAUUAUGUCGUUAACGGAAACGUUUUCCGCCCGCAUUUCUUUAAAUGAUACCUCGAAACCAUAAAUUAUCCCAAACGUCCACUAAUCCAAAACCAUUUAUAUCCAUCUCCUUCAACCUAAACCGCUAUUGUUAUUCAUCUCUCUAAACGUACUAGCUUCAAAAAUCCCCCAAUCUCCAGAAUCUCUCAGAAAUUCUUCUGAAAAUGAACUUCAUCAACAUCAACGACCUCACCAAGGAAGAAGUCAAGACCAUUGUGGCCAAUGUGGUUACCGGGAUGAAGGUUGAUUUGUCUGCACUACCUCUACUCGCAGAGAAUCAGAAGAGAAUGGCGAAAAUCAUCCAAAGGAUGAAUGAAUCCCAGCUGAGCAAGAUUGUUGCUCAUCCAUAUGAAGAGUUCAGCACCAGGGAUGUGGCUGAAUUCUAUCUGAACGCCACCAUCACCAAAAGCGGAGUUCACUCCAAGGUGCAGGGAAAGAGCAUCUCACUCAAUGUUGAUGCUCUGAACGAAUUCUUUGGAGUCCAACUGGACUCUCAAGACCCUGAGACUCCCACUCUCAUUGACCUAGAGUCAGUGGAGGUCUCAGUUGAAGCAUUUGCCCAGACCUACUGCCGCCCUGAGGCCGCCAAUCUGGACAGACUUUACAUGAAGAAGUUUCUGCUGAAGAAGGACUUCGAAAAGUUGGUUGUCAUUCUGCACAGGAGCUUGUGGUGCAAAACUGGCUCAACUGAUGAAAUCAACAAGGCCAGUUGCAAAGCAAUCUUUGUUGCUCAUCAUGGGAUGAACAUAAACUGGGGUGAGGUAAUCUUCGGUUCUUUAACUGAAUUCAUCAAGAAGAAGGAUCAGAAAACUGGCCUCUUCUCAACAAAGAUGGGCCAUGGCCUCCUUCUGUCUGCCAUCCUCACUGCCCAUGGAGUUCAACUCAGGGACCCUUCCCCAGUUGAUCACUCCAAAACCCUGUUCCUAAUUGCAUCCCCCAAGCUGAACAUAGCCAUCUCUGCUGAACUGAAGAGAGAAGAAAGGCUGGAGAAGAAAAGGGAACAACAGGUUGUCAAACCUAAACCUGCUGCCAAGAAGAGCAUUAAGAAGCCCUCUGUGACUUCUGAACAGCCUGAGCAAUCCCAGAUUGCAAGGGAUGUAAGGAAGAAGAAGAAGAAGAAGAACGAUAGAUGCACUCUAUCAGAAGUGGAUGCACCAGAGAUGAGCGCAUCAGAGUUGGCUCCCCCAAAAUCUGUUAGAAACUCUCAUGCAAAGAAGCAGAAGUUGAAAAGGAGAAGGAAUCAGGUUGUUCAGAGUGAGGACUCUGACAACUCUGGUCUGAAACCUUUGAAGAAGAAGAAGAAGAAAACAACCACACCUGCAAGGAAAUCAGAAACUCAGGGGGAACCUGCACUUGUUGCACAACCCUCCCCUGCACCAGACUUGGAUUUCACUGCAGAUUUAUCAGAACCCCAACACAUAUCUGACGGACAACCAGAGACUGAUUACAACACCAUUCUUUAAAGACAGUUUGAAAGGGUUCUGACCUGGAGAAGAUGGAAAAUGGGGCCUCUUCAGAAGAUCAUACAGUAUUUUGACUAUUUUGAAGCAGAAGAAGCUGAUGUCUUACACUGGGUAGGCACAGAACAUGUGUCUCAAUGCUUCAACCUUGCCUUUCUCAUCUCUGUCCUACAGAAGAAGAAAGAAAAACAUCAAGGUAAAGCACCUAUGACUGCCUUAUCUCCUGAAAGGCAUGUCAAAGCUCUGGAGGAACAUGAGAUGGAAGAAUUUGAUGUAUGGCUAAUGGAGAAGAAAAGAAAGGAAUCUCUCAUCAAGUUUCGCCACAGUGCUCGUGAGGAAGGGGAACCCUCCAAAGCCAAUGAUAUUGCUCUUACAAUGGAAAAGCUGGUCAAGGAAUGGAGAGAAUCCGUGUUUUCUGAAACUGUUCUUGAGGUAAUUCCUACCCCCCUCCUUCUCCUCCCAAAUCUCCUUUUACUCAUUCACCCCCUCCUAAAGUAUCUUCACCUAAAUCUUUCUCACCUCCUAAAUCACCUUCAAAACCUUCAACCCCAAUCAAGCAGAAAACCCCAUCACCUCAGAAAACCUCCUCUCCCCCACCAUCCCCCAUCAGAAAUCCUACACCUCAGGAGACCAAAUCAAAGUCUCCAUCACCCUGCAAGCAACCCUCACCUCCUAGAAACCGGUCACCCUCACCACCACCCUCUCCCAAACCUCUAAAAUCAGUCACUCCUCAGAACCCCUCUCCUCAGAACUCUCACCAUCAGAACUCCCCCCAUCAGAAAACCCCCUCACAUCAGAGUUCACCUCCACAGCAGCAACACCUAUCAAUCACCAGAGCUGCUUCACCCCCACUCUCUCCUCAGCUCUCUGUAGCCUCAACACCCAAGAGAGAGAUUCCCAUUCGCAUUCUAUCCUCAGAUGCUGACAAUGAUGGGUUCCUCACAUCCUUUCUUGCGGCAGAUUUCACAUCCAAGAGGAGGAAGACCCCACCCAGGGAUCAAUCUGCUGAACCCACUGGCAAUACUGCUCCAUUCCCCAAGGGAAGAGGUUUGGAGAUGCCUGGGUUUGCUCCAGAAGCCCCUCAGAUGGACUUCAACCAAUUUGUACAGUCUGCAAAAGAGUUUGAUGGUCAGAUGCUAGACAACAUGAACAAGCUCAUCGUCAUCAAUGACAAACACUAUGAGCAUCUGACACACACCAACAUCCAUCUUAAUCAGGGCCUUCAGCAACUGUCAGAAAAGCUUGACACUCUGACAGAGUCCCUGCACACCUUCAUGAGCUCAUCCAACAAGAAGAUUGACACAAUCUCCAGAGAAGUAGAUGGAAUUAACUAUGUCCUCUACUUUCACUCUCAAUCAAUGAAUAAUCAGAAUCAGAAACUACAGGAGAUCGCUGAAGCCAUUGACAUUCUGCAAUGGAAUGCUGAUCAAGCCUCAGAGCGCUUCAUGGAGAUAGGAAAUAUGUGUACAGAACACAAAGCGCAGGCCUUAGACAUUCUUCACAAGGACAAGGAGCGUUACCAGAAGUUGGUACUCCUUGAAGCAAGUACACAGAGUAUCCAGUCUACCAUGGAAAGACAACAGAACCUGAUUGAAGGUCUGGCCUCUGUUACCCAGACUCUGCCAGAAGCUCUGGAUGAGAUCAGAGAUGCCCAAGCAUCAGAAUUCUCAAAGAUUGAACUCCUCCUUGGCGAUCUUGUUGAUGCCAAAAAGGGGGAAGACACCAGAGAAGAAGAAGGUCCAAGCUCCAGAACCUUAUCUAUCAGAGGACCCUCAUCAUCUGUUGAUCCUGCUCCUUACUUCGAAGCUGCCAAAAAGAAAAAGCAAGUUAAUGCAGGCACCAGACCUCCUCCUCCACCUCCCAGAAGUUCUAAGAAGAAGCCCUCCAACUUUACCUUCAAUGAAUGGAUGAAGAGUGGGAUGUCUAAGCCUGACAGAGCCCAAUUUACACAGAUGAAGAAGCUGAUGACUCCACUGCAACAAGAGAAUUUGUUUAUGGACAGUGAUGGACUCGUCCAAAUCAAUCAUGGUGGAUCAAUUCAAGAAGCUGAGAUCUGGUGGCAGAUGAGAGUUCUAUCUGGCAAGAACAUUUCAGAAGCAAUCAGAAAUUACUUAGAUUGCAAGCUUGCACCUCAUUGGGCAGACUAUCAUAAUCCGAGGGACUUAGCCUCCAUCAGAGCAAAGGUCAAUGCAGAGCUUGAAAGGAUUGACAAAGCAGGACCUCAUGUAGAUGAAGAUGAAUCUUAAAUUUUAUCUCUCUGAUUAUGUAAUUAACCACCUGAUAAUAAGAUACCAUCUCUGCCUCUAGUUUGCAUGGCAUCUUAAAUUAUCUGUUCCUUCUUACUUUCUGUGAAUUCCUUGUGCUUGCUCUGGUUCUUUUUGUCCUUUUAUUGCUAUCUGAUUGUACUGUACUCUUACUAUUUUCCUAUGCUAAGUUGCCCACCAAGAUUUUAAUAGAAGUUUUUAACUUUAUUCUUGUAUGGUGAAAGGCACUUCUCUGGAAAUAGUUAAAGGGUUUUGGCAUCAUCAAAAAGGGGGAAAUUGUAAGGAAUAAAUGUAAUUAGAUUUUGAUGAUGCUAGGUUGAUUAGUAUUUGAAAGUACCCCAAUAGAAAUUUUGUAUUAGAUUUUGUCUUUGUAUGUACUAGAAUAGUCGACAUGCCAGAAACCCUCUUGGUCUUCCUUAUCAGAACUUCUACCAGAGUUGCUCCCAGAGUUGCUCUCCAGAAAAGCCAUCAGAGUUGGAUACCAGAGUUGGCAUCAGAUAAGCCAUCAGAGUUCUGAUCAGAAAUCCUUAUCAGACAAGCUCGUACCUUGCAGAACUCGAAGACACUUUGAUAGUCCCUGUUUCUGUAACAGCAAUGAAUAACGAUCUAACAACGAAGAUUAAACAUAAGGAUAACACAUAUUGAAUCAAUGUAAAACCCUCUUUGAUAGACCGUGAACUCGUACAACAGAAAGAUAUGC